AUGGCUCUAAACAGAGGCCUCCAGAACACCUCUUCACCACUCCUCCUCUUUCCUCCCUCUGUUCCUGUCUUCUCUCUCCUCCUUCCCCUCUCUCCCUGUCCUCCUCUCUUUCCCCCCCUCUCCUCUUCCCCCUCUUCCCCUUUCUCUCUCCCCCCUCCCCUCCCCCCCUGUCCUCUCUCUCCCUCUCCUCUUCUCCCUGUCUCCCCUCUCUCCCUGUCCUCUUUCUCUCCUCCUCCUCCCUCCCUCCCCUCUCUCCCUUUUCUCUCUCUCCCCCUUCCUCCCUUCUCUCCCUGUCCUCCCUCUCCUCCUCCCCCUCCCUCCCCUCUCUCCCUGUACUCUCUCUCCUCCCCCCCUCCCCUCUCUCCCUGUACUCUCUCUCCUCCCCCCUCCCCUCUCUCCCUGUCCUCUCUCUCUCCCCCUCCCUCCCCUCCCUCCCCUCUCGCCCUGUCCUCUCUCAUCUCCUCCAUCUGGCCGCGGCGUUCGCACAACACUCAGAGGUGA